AUGGCUGAAUUUGGUGAUUCAUGUUGUGUGCCAUCAACAAUGGUAGUACAAUUAACAAAACCUGAUAAAAAUAAUAAUACAACGGCUAAUGUUGAUGAUGGUAUCAUUCUACCAUCUGAACAAUGUGAUGGUAUUGAGGAUGGAGUAGAUGAGAAAUCUGAAUGUACUGGUGAUAGCGACGAUCGUCGUCUUUCCUCCGGUGCUGAUGACGAUGGAGUGAAUCCUACUAAUUCUAAAACUAAUCAUGCAAUUGAGAUAAUAACAGUUGCCUCUUCGACAUCAUCAUCGUCAAAUAACGAAAGUGAAGUGACCAUAAAUCAUGAUGCAACUACUAAUAAUACCAAUACAUCUACGAAUAAUAUUUGUACAACUGAUCCAUAUAAAGAUUUUUCCGGUGUCGAUACUGAAUCUUUCAUUGCAACAACAUUAAGAAAUAAUCCCAAAGAUCGAACAUUACUUUUGCAACUCGAAACAGUUCUUCAACAAUUCAUUCAAAAUGACGAACAAACAUCGCAUCAAUUUCAAGCAAUGAAUUCAUAUGAACGCAUGAUUGUUCACCGCGUAGCAGCAUUCUUUGGCCUCGAUCAUAAUGUUGAUAAAAAUGGACAAGCUGUUGUUGUGACAAAAACAUCGAACACUCGAAUCCCUAAUUUUUCAUUUCAAAAAUGCAUUCCAGAGGAUGAAGCGAUCGAUGCAACAAAUGGUGCUUCAGCAACAGAGAAUUCUACAUCGGCAACAAAUGCAGCAGAGAUUCCUGCGCGUCGCAUUUUACGUCGACACGAAAAGCAUCCCAAUCAUGAACAUUCGCAGCGUAAUGAUCUGAAUGAUGAUUAUACGAAUUCACAGAUAACAACAUCGACGACGACAAAUAAAACUCAACCAUUAUCAAAGCCAUAUUUAGAACGCGUUAACAAUUAUGCUGAGACGCGCGCCAGAAUUUUCAAUGAUUCCAAUGAACAAUCGAACGCAUUAAUAACAAAUAAAAAUGCUAAAAUAAAUCAAAAGCAACAUUCGAAUUAUGCACGACCUUCGUACCGUAAACAGCAACAUCAGAAUAGUUCUCAUCAACAUCGUUCCUAUUCGUAUCAACAUUCACAACAAGCAACUAAUAAUCACAUACAACAGUAUCCAACGGGAAAAACUAUGGAUCCAUCUAGUCAUGUGCUCAAUGCCUCAGCAAAUAGAACUCCAUCUAUUUAUUCAACACAACAACCGCCGUCAAUAAAUUUAGGUAUGCCCCAGCCAUCCAUGUAUGCUACAAUGAUAGCAUCGAAUCCCAAUGCAGCAACAUUACGUCCACCAACUGGCACUUCGUUUUAUACUCAAUCACAGCAGCCACCUGUUGACUAUGAUUAUAAACAUCAGACAGGUGGAGCCCAUAUGUAUAGUUAUGUACCUAUGAUACCUCCGACAGCAUCUAAUUUUAUUCCUCAACAGCAACCACCUCCGCCUGGAGCAGGCGGCGUAGCAUCAAAUGGUCCGAAUCAAGUGCCAUCACAGCAUGCCCCUGGUAUACGAGUACCGAUCAUCUUUCAUCAACAACACGGUGGACAAAUACAAUAUUUGUUUCCUGCGCAUGCUUUGCAACAGCAACAACAGCAACAACCUCCACCAGCAAAUUCUUACCCAUUAACACCUGAUGGACAAUAUGUUCAGAUUUAUCGACCAGAUACAUUAUCUAUGCCAUCGGGCCCCCAAACAGUGCCACCGCCAUCAGUUGUUGACAGUAAUAAUUCCCAUCAUCAUCAAUUUUCUCAAAAUCAACCUUAUCAUCAUCUUCCUCCUCAUCAUCAAAUCUCUCAACAACAACAACAACAACAAUCGCAACAGCAGCCGCCGCCACCACCGCCGCAACAAGUUCCAUCAUCUCAGUCUAAUCCUGCACCGCAACCUCCACCUCCACCUUUUGUACGACUUUUCCCUCCAGGACAACCAGGUAAUAUGUCACAUUCAUUUGCUCAAACAACUUAUCCACCACCUCCACAAACAGCAUUUGUUCCGCCAGGAAACAUAUCAGCAACACCGUUUAUGAUUCCUCCACCGCAAUCGCAAACUGCAGGUGGUUUACAAUCUUAUCCAUCAUUUGAUAAUAAUAUCCCAUAUAAUGCAUAUGCUCCAACGACUACAACGGCAGGAAAGACUAAUGCUGCUAAUAACGGAACAGCAGUACAAUAUGCGACAAGUCAUCUAUCAACGCUAAACUUACAAGGUCAUCACGAUGAUUAUCAACCACGUUUUAUCAAUAAUCAACAAACGCGUUUUCCUCAUUCAAAUGGUUCAACAUUAAAUAAUCAACAAAGAAAUUUUAUAGGUCGACCUCUAGUUCAGUCACCAAACAGUACAACAGUUACACCACGCAUGGCUGUUUAUUCAACAUCAAAUCAACAAUAUCGUCCAAGCCGUCCAUAUAACAAUUCAACAACUGAUAAACAAUUAACAUCAAUCGAGAAUGAUCCGAAAACUUUAGUAUCCACACAGCAACAAACGAAUUCCGAUAAUAUUUCGCUGGCCGGUCCAGCACAGGGUAAGAAACGAGCUUUCUUCCUUACUUUCGAUCAUCAUUACAAAGGAAAAUAUGUACUUCUACACAUCGGGUUCUUGUCGUCUUAUUUUCUUGUUUUUCAUCUGACAACAUUCUGUAAUAAUCAACGACGAACGAUGCCGUUUUCUCAACGUUAUCUCGCUCGAAAGGUUAACAACAGUGUUCGAGCAAUAAAUAUGAGCGGAGAAAUGUCACUGGUUUUGCCACAUCUCUAUUUGGGUUCACUGAAAGAUCGAACGAACACAUCAUUAAUGAUGAAAAAUGAAAUAAAACGUGUUCUAUGUGUCAUUGAUCUUCCAGACAUCAUCAUUGAUAAAGGUGAAUAUAAACCAACACAUGUAAUGAAUAUACAAGCAGCUGAUGCCGAAGAACAAGAUCUUGCACAAUAUUUCGAGAAAUGUAUUGAAUUUAUCCAUCAGGCCAGAACCGACCACGAAAACAUCCUUGUACAUUGUCAAGCAGGUAUAUCGAGAAGUGCGACCAUAGUCUUAGCCUAUUUGAUGACAAUUGGCGAUUACGAUGUGGAAAAAGCUCUUCAGAUUGUCAAAGGUGCACGCGGUUUCAUUCAUCCAAAUCCGGGUUUUCUAUCACAAUUAAAACGAUAUCACAGCAAUGACGUUAAAAAGAAUUGGUACCGUUUAACACGACGUUAUCAAACUUAUUCGUUUGAUGACAAUGAUCAACAUUUUGUUAAAGGUUCCUUAGAUGUAUAUUGGCAACAAUUUGAACCAGCUUUUAUUGCUGAGCCGGUAUUUUGGCCAACACGCAAAGAAGAUUCAAAGGAAAUUUCGGGAGUUCCUUGCGAACGGAAAAUGAUCUGCUCAUCCCCAACACAAGGAAAUCUUCAAAAUAUUCGAUCUUCAACAACAUAUUUUCAAAAUAAUUCAUCAAGGACAACGCCUCGCACACGUACAUCUUCGCGACCAUUUUUAUCAACAACUCGUCAACGUUACACUACAAAAUCUGACUCACUGUCAGAUUUUGAUGCAUUUAGUGAUAAUUUAAAACGUGCGGCGUUAAUCUUAGCUGGUAUUGCACUCGGCCUUGGCGUUCUUCGCGUAUGUUUGAUGUUGUGCAAAUCUCGUUCUCCCAAUCAUACGUUUUCGAGUCGACAUUCAGCUACCGUUCGACCUGAUAUUGCCACAAUUGAGCAUCAUCAAUGUAAACCAGACUUACCACCAGAAUAUGCCGAAGCUAUAGCAAAUAGCGAACGUAGCAACGGUGGUAAAUUGCCAUCAUAUGAUGAAUUGCCACAUGAGCAAAUACAAGAACAAUAUGUAUAUAAUAAUGGUGGAUUUGUUUCAACCCAAAUCCAACGGAAUAUACCUACACUACCGUUGCCAUUUUUUUUCGGGCAUUUAAACACAAUAUGGAAUGUUUCAUCAUAUCAUCGUCAACUUACAAAUUGGACAGAACAAUAUGGAAAAAUUUAUGGGUUAUAUGAAGGAAAUAAUCCUCUGUUCAUAGUUAGUGAACCAGAUUUUCUGCAAGAAGGUUUUAUCAAACAAUUUACCAUUUUUCAUGCACAAAAGAAAACUGUAUUAGAUAAUAUGAGUCAUGAUAGUGUUUUUAGCUCAGUCAGUCUUGGUAAAAAUUGGUUAUACACAUCUGCUCAACUUCUACCUCAAAUUCUCAAUAUCCUUGCUAAUCUCUUUGACCUCAACAAUAGUGUACGUCUAUUUCUUAAUACUCGAAUUUUACCAUUGAUAUCAUUAAAAUUACAAGUGAGAGAAUUACCAAUGCCAUGGCUCACCAAUCGGUUACAUACUAUUGUUGAACAUCGUCAACAAAUAACUACUUCUCGAUUUGACCUUCUUCAACUUAUGUUUCAGGUAAUGAGCAAAGAACCGGUCAAAGACAUAGCAAAUGACAGUAAAGCAAACUAUCGGUUAACUGAAAAGGAAGUUACUGGUAAUAUCUUUGCUUUUAUGGCAGUAGGAUAUGAAACAACAGCGACUGCUUUAGCAUGUGCCACAUACGUAUUUGCUACACAUCCUGACAUUCUCGAAAAAAUUCAAGUAGAAAUUAGUCAACUGCUAUUGAGUACUGAUGACAGUGAUGAUGAAAUGAAGAAAUAUCCAGAUUAUGAUGUUGUGGCACAAAUGCAUUAUAUGGACAUGUUCAUUUCUGAAGUGUUAAGGAUGUAUCAUAUCGUUCCUAGAAUCAUUCAAAAACGUGCUACAGAAGAUACAAUUGUACAAGGAAUUAAGAUCGACAAAGAUUCUAUAAUUCAGACUGAUGUUUAUUCAAUUCAUUACGAUCUUGAAUUUUGGAGCCCGGAUGAUCCAUAUGUAUUUGUACUAGAACGGCACGAGAAAAAACACCAUCCAAUGGCUUAUUUAUCAUUUGGAGCAGGUCCACAGCAUUCUGUUGAUAUGCGUUUUGCAUGA